AUGAGCACUGAAAUACAGCCACAGCCCUUUCCAGGCAAUGAGAAUGAAGGAAAUGAUCAUCUAAACAGUAAUCAUUUCCAGCAGCCGCCUGUUGUUUCCCCAGUGGAUCAUGAUUCAAAUGUGCCAUACAACAUAUCAGUUGAUCGAAUCCUUCUCUGCAGCACGUCUCCAAUGAAUGUCCUGCUACAUGUCACUUGCAACUCAGAGAACAGCAUGAAGAAUGUCCUUGUUCUUGUGAGAAUUGAUAAUGCCCUUUUAUUUGAUAGAGAUAAAGGAUGGGAUUCAUUGCUUAGUACCAACAGAUGGCAAGACCCUCGAGGUCGAUGA